GUCCUGGACCACAUCCUCGUCCGGGCAGAACACUCUCGCGAGCCUCUGGAUUCUGCAUCGUUCUCAACAUGCCCAACGAUUACAGCUACACCGGCAGCGGCACGAACAGCCAGGGCAACCAUUACUGCAGCCGUGACUACGGCAAUGGGAACACUGGAUAUCAUUACUCGAACCAAGACGGGGGCUACUACUACAAGAACCCCAACGGAUCUACGUACUACGACAACGGGAAAGGGGAUUCCAAGUACACCUCGCCCAGCGGCGAAGUCACGCACAAGUCGUCCGGCAACUCCAAGUGAUUCCUAGCGGUGACGCGUGGUUCGCCGUGGUAGUGUUUUUGUUGGGUGAAGCUUUGAAGUCGGAGCAUUUGAUCAGCGAGUGUCGUCAUUGUAUGGUUGUCGUUCAAUCGAGUUCAUUGGCUAUCGAAA